AGACUGUUUCCCUUGUAUUCACUGGAGAAGAUUUAUUACCAGUUACUCAAAGCAAGAGUUUCUAAUUUGACAUUUUUUUCCUUAAGAUUGGCACCUGAGUUAAACUGGAAGCUGAAAAUCACAUAUAAGAAAUAUACAAAUACACGCAAGAACUAAAUAAGAAAGCCUGUUACACAUAGAUAUCUUGAUUAUCAGUAAACACACAACUCGUGUAUGGGGUGUAAAUAGUUUGGGUUAUGUACGGACUUGCACAGCCAGGAGGCUCCCUAACAUCACUGGCUUCACACCGGCGUUUCUACUGUGGUGCAGCAGUAACUUGAGCGAGGCUUCGUGGCUCUACCUAUCCAUAAUACUUGACAACAGGUCCUAGAAGGUACUGGAAGUCAUAAUGGCACUUCCUACACUGUCGGAAGUAAGUGUGCAGCAAGGCAGUUAAGAUUCAAUCUUGUAAGGUAAAUGGAAAGCCAGAAAACUGGGCGGCGAACCAGGCCGCGGUAGAAGGAAGCGGAAGCCCAGCGUGGUCCUGCGGCAUGAGGGCCACCAGGCGACGGCCUCAGAACGUAGGCAGAAAUUCCCGGCCCAGCGCGCUGAUCCCCAAGGCCCAACUCUCCUUCGACCAGAUAACGGCCGGGAAACAACCAUCUUUUAUCCACUCCAAGGACGUCAGGAUGUUUUCUCCGUGUCUGACACCCGAGUACAAACAGUGAAGUGAGAAGUCCAUCAGAAAAACGCUGGUUAAAAAUAUCCCGGCGGGCGGCGCUGGUAGGCGACAGCCGGAAGAGACGCUUUGAUCAUCCUCCAAUAAGCCGAACUCGCUCCUCUGCUGCCUCCCGCCGCAGUUGGCACCGGCUGUACCCCGGUAAGACUCUGGGUCCGACGGCUGGCGGAGGGGCGCUAUUGCCCAGUGCCUACAGCAACCCUGGCGACCGCGGGUCGACCCCGGGCCAACCCCAGGCCGGAAGUGACGCAACCGCGCUGAGCACUUCCGGAGCUGCGGCGACGGCUCCGCCGGAGGAAGCAGCGCGGGCCCUGACCGGCGUCGGCCCGCCGUCGCCGCCGCUGCCGCGCCUGGGUCUUAUCCCUCUGGCCUGGCCCGACCCGCUCUGGCCCGCCCGGGCUCAGCGGCCGCGGGGCCGCGGCUCCGGAUGGAAAUUAUAUGACAUAGAAUAUUUGGGUGACAUCUUCCUGAAAGAUCUUCAAGAAUUACAGAAGACAAAAACACUAAUGCAUUUGAGAAAGUGGUGAAGUUUGGGGGGAGGGGAAAAAAACUGCUUUCCUGAUCUGCAACUUGACUGGAUGCUGAGAUGUCUGUGGACAUGAAUAGCCAGGGAUCUGACAGCAAUGAAGAAGACUAUGACCCAAAUUGUGAGGAGGAGGAAGAGGACGAGGACCCUGGGGACAUAGAGGACUAUUAUGUGGGAGUGGCUAGCGAUGUGGAGCAGCAGGGAGCCGAUGCCUUUGAUCCUGAGGAGUACCAGUUCACCUGCUUGACCUACAAGGAGUCCGAGGGUGCCCUCAACGAGCACAUGACCAACUUAGCCUCUGUCCUAAAGGUAUCUCAUUCAGUUGCUAAACUUAUAUUAGUUAAUUUCCACUGGCAAGUUGCAGAGAUAUUGGACAGAUACAAGUCUAAUUCUGCUCAGCUGCUCGUUGAGGCUCGAGUUCAGCCCAAUCCAUCGAAACAUGUCCCCACAGCCCAUCCACCUCAUCACUGCGCAGUGUGUAUGCAGUUUGUGCGGAAGGAAAACCUACUCUCUCUGGCCUGUCAGCACCAGUUUUGCCGCAGCUGCUGGGAGCAGCAUUGCUCAGUACUUGUCAAGGACGGCGUGGGUGUGGGAGUCUCUUGCAUGGCUCAGGACUGCCCACUCCGGACACCAGAGGACUUCGUGUUUCCAUUGCUGCCCAAUGAAGAAUUGAGAGACAAAUAUAGGCGCUACCUCUUCAGGGACUAUGUGGAAAGUCAUUACCAGCUCCAGCUGUGCCCUGGUGCAGACUGCCCCAUGGUUAUCCGGGUACAGGAGCCCAGAGCUCGCCGAGUACAGUGCAAUCGGUGCAACGAGGUCUUCUGUUUCAAGUGUCGUCAGAUGUAUCAUGCUCCCACAGACUGUGCCACAAUCCGAAAAUGGCUCACAAAGUGUGCAGAUGACUCUGAAACAGCCAACUACAUUAGUGCUCACACUAAAGACUGUCCCAAGUGCAACAUCUGCAUUGAGAAGAAUGGAGGCUGCAAUCACAUGCAAUGCUCCAAGUGUAAACACGACUUCUGCUGGAUGUGUCUAGGAGAUUGGAAGACCCAUGGCAGCGAGUACUAUGAGUGCAGUCGGUACAAGGAGAACCCUGACAUUGUCAACCAGAGUCAGCAGGCCCAGGCCAGGGAGGCCCUCAAGAAGUACUUGUUCUACUUUGAAAGGUGGGAAAACCACAAUAAGAGCUUGCAGCUGGAGGCGCAGACAUACCAGCGGAUUCAUGAAAAGAUUCAGGAGAGGGUCAUGAAUAAUUUGGGGACGUGGAUCGACUGGCAGUACCUACAGAACGCUGCCAAGCUCUUGGCCAAGUGUCGAUACACCCUGCAAUAUACAUACCCGUAUGCAUACUACAUGGAGUCUGGACCCAGGAAGAAGCUGGCCCUGCCCUGGCUACAGCCCCCUCUCCUUUUGACCUUCCUGCUCUACCCAUACAGUUUGAAUACCAGCAGGCUCAGCUGGAGGCUGAGAUCGAAAACCUGUCAUGGAAAGUGGAGCGUGCAGACAGCUAUGACAGAGGGGACUUAGAGAACCAGAUGCACAUAGCAGAGCAGCGGAGGAGAACCCUGCUGAAGGAUUUCCAUGACACCUAGGCUGGGACACGGAUGUGCCGGAGUGAGGAAGAUGUGGCUGCGAGGUCUCCUGGCUGCCAUACCGCAUGCUGCAGGCUCUUCCUUUCACAACCCCAGGCAACAGCCAGGGCCCCACUCCCGAGAGACACUGGCCACACACCUCUUAGUUGAUUUCUGUUUUCUUCUCAUCUUUUUGCUUUUUAUUUCUACCAGGGUAGAGGCCAUGUUGAAUUGGCCGCCUUUCAGAACUUUUAAUUCCCCCUGGAUGGUUGUUGGGAGGGAGGGAAAGUUUUUUCUGAAUGACUAUUAAUAGUAUUAGAGCAUUACAACUUAUGUAAUUUUCAAAGGUUGUACAAUUAUACAAAAAAAGGGCAAACCAUAGAAUUACACAGAACCCUUUUUAAAAAUAAAUUGGCAUUGGAGUGUUUUACCCUCUAGCUGUUUUACUUAGAAUGUAAGAUAUACUGCCUGCCCAUCCUGGCUCAGAAUGUCUACAGCAGGAGAGCACCUCACUGGUUUCUGCUUUCCAGAUUCACAUGUGUUUGGCCAUAGCUGGUAGUCCCAACAGAAGAGCAUGGGUGGCAGAUGGUGGGGAAUUGAGUUGGCCUGUAUAACAGGCAGGGAGCACAGGGAAUCAUAUCAUGCUUCCUGUCUGGUCCUUGUAGACCCUUUUGUGGUCAGAUGCACCUGCCUUACCUUGGCAGUGAGGAGACAGUACGGAAUAGGGUCUUGCCAUAGGUGUUGUCAUCUCUGACGGUGCUGCAUGUCUGUGGGCUCAUCUUUAUUCUUGAAAAUGAGGUUUACCUGAGUUCUGGCUACUGAGGCCAGAGCCCACAGCCGAGCAUAGGUGGGCUUGUGGCCCUCCAGACCAGGGGACACAAGUUCAUCACAGUGUUUGCUUUUGUCUCCUGAAGGUAGAGAUCCACUUUUAAAGGGAAUCGUUCCCCCAAAUAAAUUUGUUUUACCUUAAUCCCUUCUUUAGUGCCAGUGUCCAGUGGUGUACCUCUGACCAGGUUCACACAUGGCCAUACCUGGCAUUGUCCUGCUACACUCUCCUCUGGUGAACUUCAGGGUGAGAGUUCAGCAUGGCCCUCCCAAGGGCACUGGUCUUCCCGGCUCAAGGGCCUUGUUUGCACAAGUUGUUUUCAUGUUACCUAGAGUGUCUCCAACGGCUGCUCUGGGGGUUGGGUAUUCUCCCCCUUGCCUGGUUCCUCCUGUUGGAGGACACCAUCUUGAGGGUGUAGGAGUCGGAGUCCAGGAGCAUCCUGGGUUUGUGGUCCCAGCUCCUAUACUAGGAGGGGCUGGCUAGGGAAGAGGGCCAGCUUUUGCACAGUUGAGUACACAGGAGCAAGUGGUUUGCAUGAUGUCCUACUUGUCCUGAACCUGGUCCUGUGGUCCUUUGAAAAGUUACAUCUGUGAUUCCUGGAGUUUCUGUGGCUUUGUUCAGUGCCUCCACUCUGAGGCUGGCAGAGCCUGUCUAUACUUGACAGGGCUUCCUUGACCUCAUGGAAGAGUUGCUUGGGAGAUGUGAAUAUUGUGUUGGAAAUUCUUUGAUAUUCAAACAUCUUCACCUCAGUCAGAAAUUUCCCAGGUACCAUGUAAGCUGUAAACUUGAAAACAGAACAGCUGUGAAUCUGGAGUCAUGGGUACACUGUUGGCUGCAGGCACCCUUUCUCCCCACCUCAGGUUUUGUCUCUUCCUGUCAUCUCCUGUAAGGGAGGAACUGUGGGGUGAGGUGAGAGAACAAGUUAGGAGUGUAGCAAAUGAACCAGAAUUGACAGUUGAGAGCUAAUUGAACAAGGAAAGUGCCUGCUGCAGGUCCUAGGGAUGGGGUGUGAAUGCUGUGCUGGGACAUGGAAGAUCCUGGCAUCUGGAGCCUUUCUCUCUCUAUUGAGUCCUUUCCGUGUCACUGCCGUGGCAUGGACCCAAGUUGGAACUGUGUACCUUAAGUCACACCCUCAGCAUCCCUGGGCAUUUUUGGACUGCACAGCUACCAUGUAGUGCACUUGCAUCCAGCGGUGCCUCCAGCCACUGGAGCUCCAGGAGGUUCUGUGCCCAGACCAGAACCUGCAGCCCUUGACCUGUGGAGAGCUUCCUUUUGUGCCCCCAGCCGCUGUCUUUCAUUAACAUCAUCGGGAAGAUGGGAAAGGUCAGGCAGAAUUUUUCUGCCCCACAAAUAGAAGGUAAAGGAAGGCACGGUGUUUUCAUGAAUUUGCCAUAUAUCUUUGUUUUCUUCAAAGAAAAAGUUGAGGCAAUGUCAUCUGCUCAAAGUUGAGUGGUUUAUUCAAAAUAAACUGAAAUUUUCUGAUUACAAAA